GAGCUAAGUUCCGCCGUCUCCCUCGGCGCAUGCACGCGGCUCUCUUCUGUCGCUCUCGUCGCUCGCAUCUGGUGUAGCCUUGCCGUGCUGGUGGCAGCUUUAUAAUCCCUUUGAGCCCAGCGGAACGUUUGUAACCACACCCAAGACAUAUCUACCCCAACCGGCGCCACAUACAUACACUGCCAUCACCACGCGACAUCGCCACCCCACCGGUCUUCUGAAACCUGUGGAGCAUUUCCUGGCGACGUCUACCACUCACAGCAACACCACCACACACCUGUAGCAUUCCUGGUGUUGAUCGAGGAGUGUGAUCACACCCUCUGCGUUGCAUCUGUCAGCUGAGCCGCAAACCUGACCCACCCUCACGCAUCCUCGCACACCAUGAGGUCGUAGAGAUUAGAGAAGGAGAAAAUGGAUUUUACGAUCUCGCUAGCACACUUCUGUGAGGUCCACGGUCCGACAUCUAUCAUCUGCACACAGGCCUCGACUGCGCCAUGUGGUUCUUGCAAUCCAUGCGUGACGCCGCCGACGGACGAGCCGCACUCGGCCUACUCCAACUAUGGACUUUAUGAUCAGCCCUCGUCACUGAAGCUGGGCCGUCUGCCUAAGCUCUCGCCGUUCGAGACACCGCCCACGAGCCCACGUUCGCCCUCGCAUAACCCUUACUUCCCUAGCUUUUCCUCAUCUGACAGCAGCUUUGGUGGGCGGAGACCUAGCAGCACUUUCGAUUCGGAUUCGGACUCUUGCGAGAACUGCCAGAUGGUAGUGCCGAAGAAGUUCUGCGACAAACUCCCCACCGGCGCACCAGGGAGUCCCUCCAAAGACGGACGAGGGAGGAAUGGCAGCCCAGUCUUGCGCAGCUCUCAGAACUACCCAGUCCGUGGACCCUACCUUGGUGACGAUGCCAGCAGCACCCACUCGUCUGAGAUGUCAGACACCGAGCAUUCCAAGUCAUUCGAGAGCAGUGCCAGCUCGUACCCCAACUCUAUCCCUCCUUCACCCUUGGUCACCUCGAGAAACAUGCAUACACACACCUUGACAUACAUAUCUACCAACCAACCGCAAUCGCCAACAACCUACUCCUCGCUGAAGCGUACCUGCAUGCGCACUCUCUCCACAGAGGUUCUCCCACGUGGCAACUCGUCUGGAGCUAUUAUGUUUGGAGAUCCCGUUGCUGGAUACACCAUCGCAUAUAUCUUCCGUAUACAAGAUUCCAGAGCUCGUGGAUCUAUCAAGCAUUACGCAUUGAUUGCAAUGGUCGGCCGCGACUGCCGCAAGGCUACCAAGGCUAUGGUCAAGGUCACCGAAGUAUUCCAGGGCAUUGCAAACCGGAUCACUGCGUUGGCUGAGAAAGUCGAGCGCGAGGCACGACCCUCUUCCGCGAUUGCCGACACCCCUCCACUGGGUACUUCUGCAUCUUCUAUGCCACCCAUAUUCACCUCACCGCAGAAGGAGCGAAACUUCUCGUCGACUGCCAGCUCACCUACUACACGCAACAUCACCCCAGUAUCAUCAUUCCUGUCUGCAAAGAGAAUCGAUCCCGAUGGCUUCCCUCGCGUUUCUCGUGAUGCUACAAGACCGAAGAGCUUGGCUGAGAUCGUCGGUCAGGAGAACUUCUUUGUCGAGUUGCAUCGCGACUUCUGCCAGCUGUUGCACUUCCUUAUCAAGCACUUCGCUUGAUUGCCUCACACAUGUUGUUACAUUCUUCUGUACAUCUUUGUUGUUUCUCAUUUCUUGUCUUGCGAUUUAGCGUCUCCUUUUCCUCUUCGUGCGUUUCAGCACCGGCGUUCAAUGGUCAUCCUGAUCCUGUACAUCUCUGGUCUGUUCAUAAACGGCCACUGUUUUCUACGCCUGCGAUCUGCCACAUCGGCAGAUCAGGCUCGAUACCCAUCUGAGAUACCCCAGCCUGUUCCUUGUUCCAUUGUAAUGGGGGGUAUACAUAGUUGAUGACCAUUAGGUCAUCGUGUGGGUUGUUAUGACUUCACGGCAGUAGAUGGCUCGAUAGGUGAUUGAUCGCCAACGACAUGCUAGAAGAAGCGGCACCCGUUGCUUGUAUAGUUAGCACGAGCAGAAUGCACAAACAAGUCUAC